AUGUAUUAUGAUAGUUCAGCUCCAAUGAUGACUGAUAACAACGAGAAACAACCACUAGAUAGAAAUAGAAGUGUCUCUCUUUCAAAACUACUCCAACGUUCAUUAAGACUGAGUAACAAUAAUAAUAGUAGUUCAAAUAAUGAAAUUUAUGAAGAUGAAGAAAUGAAUUCGGGAACUUCUGAUGCAAAUAUAAAUACUAAUAGUAGUUCCAGUAAUAGUAUUGAAGAACGCUCUCAUUCACCUAAUAAGUCGGAUAAAGAAAAUGAAAUUAAAGGGUCAAGAUUUUCAAGGUUGAAAAAUAUGUUUCAAACUACCGCUGCUACUACUGCAAGUUCCACCAGCACAGUUAAUACCAAUAGUGGUGACAAUACAAAAGAAAAAGAUUCUGGAGUAUCUAAGAUAUCCCAUUUUUUGAAAAGCCAUCAGUCCUCGAAUUCUUUAAAUUCUUCUUCAACUUCUCCUACAAAAAAUAAAUUUUUUACAUCAUCAGAUUCUGAUUCAAAUUUAAUUCAACGAGAUUUGGUUAGUAAUUCAAUAUUACAAACUAUUGAAGAUGAAAAUACAGUUAGAAUAGAAACUGAAAAUUCCAAAAAUGAUGAAAUUAUCCCUAAUGAAAAUAUUAAUGACAACAAUACAAAUAAUGAUAACAAUAUUAAAAGUGAUGACAUAUUCAUGAACAAUGUAAACGCAUUUAAUCAAAAUAAGUCCCCAAAUUUACAACAUGCACAUUUACAUUCGUCGGUUGCAUCUUCUCCAUUGGCUAGUACUACUGAAUUAUCCACAACAAAUCCAUUUUACAAUAAAAACUUUGCAUCUUUGCAAACAUCACCUAUUCAUAGUAAACCUGAUUUAGUGAAUAAUUUGGAUUUUAUAAAUGAGUUUGAUACUCUUUCAUCUAAAUUUUCCCAUGGUGAUCUCCCACAAACAUCCAAUACUGUUCCAACCUCAGCUGGAUCUAAUCCUCUAUCCUUAUCUUUGCAAAAAGAUUCAAGGAAUUUGAGUAAUACUUCAUUAAAUAAAAUAAAGGAAAAUGAGGAAGUUCAAGAUUUCUAUCAUAUAAAUGCUACUUCAAAUGUAAAAUUUAGUGCAACAGUUUUGAUGAGACAAUUUUCUGAUAAUUCAUUGACAAAUAUUGAGGAUAAACAACCAUUUCCAACAAUAACAGUCGGAGUUAAUGAGGAAUCUAAUGAAGAAAAUUUAACUGCUGUAAGAACACGUUCAAGAAGAGCUGCUUCGGAACCAAAUUCUGUUAAAACAAGUACCUCUAACCGAAUUUCUAGUAGUAUUCAGUUUAGCAAGAUUUCAAAUGAAGAGUAUAUUUCUUUGGAAACUUCUAGAGUUUUAGAAAGUCAUGAUAGCUAUGAGCCUAAAAGAUCUCAACGAUUAAGAGCAAAGUCAUUCAGUAAUAAAUUUCAAGAUAUUAUUGUAUCGCCUAAUUCCUUUGAAAAGAUUAGACUAUUAGGUCAAGGUGAUGUCGGUAAGGUAUACCUAGUUAAAGAAAAGAAGUCUAAUAGAUUAUAUGCUUUAAAGAUCUUCAGUAAAGCUGAAAUGAUUAAACGUAAAAAGAUUAAGCGUAUUCUAGCAGAACAGGAAAUCUUAGCUACAAGUGACCACCCAUUUAUUGUUAAUUUAUAUCAUUCUUUUCAAUCAGAAGAUUACUUAUAUCUUUGUAUGGAAUAUUGUAUGGGUGGUGAGUUUUUUAGAGCUCUGCAAACAAGAAAAACCAAGUGUAUAUCCGAAGAUGAUUCUAGAUUUUAUGCCAGUGAAGUGGUUGCUGCUUUAGAAUAUUUGCAUUUGAUGGGGUUCAUUUAUAGAGAUUUAAAGCCUGAAAAUAUUCUAUUGCAUAAAUCUGGACAUAUCAUGCUAUCGGAUUUUGAUUUGUCAAUUCAAGCGAAAGAUGCUAAAGAUCCUGUCGUUAAAAAGUUUGCUCAAUCAACAGUAGUGGAUACCAAGGUUUGCUCAGACGGAUUCAGAACAAAUUCAUUUGUUGGAACUGAAGAGUAUAUAGCACCUGAAGUGAUUAGAGGCAAUGGUCAUACAGCAGCAGUUGACUGGUGGACAUUGGGUAUAUUAAUAUAUGAGAUGCUUUUCGGAUUCACACCAUUCAAAGGUGACAAUACUAAUGAAACGUUUUGUAAUGUGUUAAAGAACGACGUAAAUUUUCCAAACAACAAUGAAAUUUCAAGAACAUGUAAAGAUUUAAUUAAAAAACUGUUAGCUAAAAAUGAAGCUAAAAGAUUAGGGUCCAAAAUGGGUGCGGCAGAUAUCAAAAGACAUCCAUUCUUCAAGAAAGUUCAAUGGUCUUUUCUAAGAAAUCAAGAACCACCAUUAAUACCAGUGCUUUCAGAAGAUGGAUUUGAUUUUACAAAAUUAUCAUCAAACAAAAAUGUAUCUAAUAAAAACAAAACUGAACUAUCCAAGAUGGAUGAGCAAGAAAAGAUCAUGUUUGAGGAAAGAGUAGAAUAUGACGACGAAGUUUCAGAAGAUGACCCGUUCCAUGAUUUUAAUUCAAUGAGUAUUAUGAGACAAGAUAAUAAUUCAUUGAUAUACGGAGAUAACAACUCUUAUGGUAAGAUAUCAUAUACUCCUAACUCAAACAGAUCAAGAAGUAAUAGUCACAGAGGCUUCUUCAAAAGAUAA